CUAAUCGCCCUUGGUACAACCUCGAAGAUUGACAAACCAGCACAUGAGUGGGUUGACCAGAUUCAAGGGUCCGGGCUCGUACGAAUCCUCUUGCGAAGCGCUUCCAAGCCUGGUCCCUGCGAUUCAAAACCGGUUCGUGUCGCCAUAUUGGACACAGGCUAUGACUCGGAAAACAAGUUUUUCAUCAGCGCUAGAAAACGACGUAUCAAAGUCUUUCGCAACUUUUUAAGGGAACCCAACAGCGCUGUGGGCAGUGUCAGUCCUGGAGAAAGUCAAGAUGCAGAUGGUCAUGGUACCGACGUGCUCUGUCUGGCUCUCCGCAUAGCGCCUUUCGCAGACUUCUAUGUGGCACGGGUUUUUGAGAGUUCUGACGAUGUGACUUCUAGAGUGAAUGAAAUUGCAAAGGCAAUCAAAUGGGCAGUCGAGGAGCACAACGUUGACAUAAUUAGUAUGUCUUUUGGUUUCACAAAAGACCAGCCCGCCAUCCAAGCAGCCAUCACAGAGGCAUAUUCCUACAAAAACAGACAGAUUCUGUUCUUUGCAGCCGCUGCGAACGAGGGUGCCAAUGAACGAGAAAUGUACCCAGCGAGGGACGACCACGUAUCAUCAAGGCAACUGGUGGAGAUCAAACCCCCAGUUGAUGUUGAUAGAGGUUGGUCGUUCAUGACGCUUGGUCAGGAUGUGCCCACUGUAAGCGGCAACGAGAGCGUGUCAGGAACCUCGUACGCGACUCCAAUUACUGCUGGCCUCGCAGCCAUGAUACUGAGCUAUGCUCGCCAUCUUCUACAUACAUCAACCCAAAGGGAUGAUUUGGAGCUUCUUGAUAGGCUUUCAAGACAGGACGGAAUGAGAAGAGUUCUCAAGAAGCUGUCUGUUGAGACAAUUCCGCCGCGGUGUUCCUAUCUCAACCCUAUGGACUUCAUACACAAAGAGGAAGACGAAAGAUUGGCUAUGCUUAGAUAUGCCGAU